CGGUUCGGCCAUGCACUGGGCGACGCUGCUGACUGUGUUUGCGCUCCUGGGUCCUGCCGCCGCUUGGGCCCCCUCUGCUGAAGAGGAGCUGCAGUUCAAGGUCUGGAUGCUCCAGAACAACCGGCAGUAUGGCCCCGGCGAGUACUCCCGCAGGCUGCGCAUCUUCCUGGACAACAAGAGGCAGAUCGAGGAGCACAACGCGGGCAACCACAGCUUUCAGAUGGGCCUGAACCAGUUCUCAGACCUGACCUUUGCUGAGUUUAAGAAGCUCUAUCUGUGGAGUGAGCCCCAGAACUGCUCAGCCACAAAGGGCAACUUCCUGGGCAGCUCUGGGCCCUACCCUGACACCAUCGACUGGAGGAAGAAAGGAAAUUUCGUGACACCCGUGAAAGACCAGGGCCCCUGUGGCAGCUGCUGGACUUUCUCCACCACGGGGUGCUUGGAGUCUGCUAUUGCCAUUGCCACGGGGAAGCUCCUCUCUCUGGCAGAGCAGCAGCUGGUGGACUGUGCCCAGGCUUUUAACAACCAUGGCUGCAAUGGGGGCCUGCCAAGCCAAGCCUUCGAGUACAUCCUGUACAACAAAGGGCUGAUGGGGGAGGACAGCUACCCGUACCGGGCCGAGAAUGGCACCUGCAAGUUCCAGCCUGAGAAGGCCAUUGCCUUUGUCAAAGAUGUUGUCAACAUCACACAGUAUGACGAGGAUGGGAUGGUGGAAGCUGUGGGGAAGCACAACCCAGUGAGCUUUGCCUUUGAGGUGACAAAUAGCUUCAUGCACUACAGCAAAGGGGUCUACUCAGACCCACGGUGCCACCACACUCCUGACCAGGUGAACCACGCUGUCCUCGCCGUGGGCUAUGGAGCAGAGAAUGGGACUCCCUACUGGAUUGUGAAGAACUCCUGGGGCCCUCUGUGGGGCAUGGAUGGGUACUUCCUUAUUGAACGUGGGAAGAACAUGUGUGGGCUUGCUGCUUGUGCAUCCUACCCAGUCCCUCAGGUGUAAGAGGAGAGCACAGGCUGGGGACAGCAGGCAGAGGAGAAGAAGCAACUGCAUGUGUAGGAGAUCCUGGAUGCUGAAAUCAAGGCAGUGAUGAAACACCAGCUGAGGUGAGAUAAGAGUCUGCUGGAAGUUGUUGCCUGCAGGCAGAUUCCUGGGCUGGCAGCAGCUUCUUGCAGGCAGAAGACUUAAGACUUGUGCCUCCUCCCACUGUGUUCCUGCAUUGAGCACCAGACUCCUGUCUUCUCCUACUGCUUUGAGCUUCUUCACCCUGUCCUGAGGCCCUGCUGCUGGGGGGUGGGGUGCCAGCAGUGGAGGGCUACUCAGGGGAAACACCACAAUUUGAAGACACUUCCCCAACAAAGCUCAGCCCUUCCUUCAGGUGGCUGCUUUCCAGGUGUAACUUCUAGGGAUGUUCUGAAUUGCCUUUGAAGGAGUUGG